AUUAUCAGUAGAAUUGCGCCAAUUAAUGUGCCCACCACAAGUCUUAUUGCAUAAUUGACUUCUGCAUUGUGUUCUGGUUUCGUGUAUUACAGUUUAUGGCUCUUGAUAAAAUUGCAUUCGUGGCUAUUUAAAUCUGCAACACGUUCAUUCUGGCUAACCGGAUGCCUAUUUGACGCGUCCGCGACGUUGCCAUGAUGAAGAUUCCGGCUUGUGUGAAAUUGGCACUCACGGGGCAGCGGUGUGUCGGUAGAAGGCUCUUGACUGCUACAGCGGGUGGCAAAACCAGAAGGUACAAGACCACCAUGUCUCCGUUGGCGGUGGUCCUGCUGGCUCUGGCAGUGGGUGUUCCGUCGGAGGCGGCGAACAUCUUGGCGCCCGUGUGGUUCUCUGGCGCCAGCCACUUCGCCAUGUUCGGGCGACUCUUCAGGGAGCUGGCGGCUAGAGGCCACAACGUCACUGUCAUCAGCCAGUUCCCGCUGAAGACUCCUCUCAAGAACUACCGCGACGUGAGCAUAGCCUCAAACGAGAAGAAGCCAGAGCUGACCUGGGACCUGAUAGAGCGGGCCCGCUCCCCGCCGGUGAGCGCCAUCAUCAUGAAGUACAUCACCAGGCAGCAGUGCACCGACGCCCUGGCACUGCCCCAGGUGGGACACGUGCUCUCCUCCGGCGACCAGUACGACCUCGUCAUCACCGAGUUCUUCCAUGCCGACUGCAUGGCCGUGUUUGCCGCCAAAUUCGGAGUCCCGCUCGUCGGCAUCACUUCCAGCAUGGCUCUGCCUAGGGUGUAUGACAGGAUUGGGAAUCCGUAUAACCCGGCAUACAUGGAGCAGUACGACCUGCAUCUGAAGGCGCCAUUCAGCUUCUGGGGCAGAGUGCAGAGCACCCUGGUGCACCUCUUGAUACGCGCCGCUGACUGGUGGAUAACGGAAGCCUUCCUCGAGGACAAGGUGCGUGCGGUAUUGGGCGGAGACACACCCAGAUUGCAGGAUGUGCUGCACAACACCAGCCUGGUGCUGGUCAACAGCCACUGGAGCUGGGACCAGCCGCUGCCAGCGGUGCCGGCUCUCGUACAGGUGGGCGGCCUCCACGUCGAGCAACCCCGGGCCCUGCCACAGGACUUGCGUUCGUACAUCGACAAGAGCCGUCACGGAGUGAUCUACUUCAGCCUGGGCUCCAUGGUGAAGACCAGCUCGUUACCGGCAGAGAAGCUGCGCUCCAUCAUCGAUGCCUUUGCUGCGGUGCCGCAGAACGUCCUGUGGAGAGUGGACCCCUCCUCUCUGCCACCGCUGCCACCCAAUGUCAGGGCAGAGACGUGGAUGCCGCAGAAUGACAUACUCAACCGCCCAAACGUGCACGUCCUCAUAACGCAUGGUGGACUGAUGGGCAUCCAGGAGGCUGUGAUGGCAGGAGUACCAGUGCUGGCGGUGCCUCUGUUUGCCGACCAGUACCUCAACGCAGAGAGGGUCGCUGCCUCGGGCAGCGGAAUCUGCCUGCACUUUGAGGACCUCACCACACAGACGCUGAGGGCAGCGCUCGAUGCUCUCGUCAACGACACCAGGUAUCGGGAGCAAGCGAAGCAUCUGUCACUGCUGUUCCGCGACCGCCCUCGGUCGCCACUGGAGGAGGCGGUCUACUGGGUGGAGUACGUGCUGCGCCACCAGGGGGCACCACAUCUCAGGUCCGCCGCCCUCGACCUCACCUGGUACCAGCUCCUGCUCCUAGAUGUUGCCACCUUCCUGGUGGCAGUGGCACUGACUCUGUGCCUUAUCUUCUGCCAACUCACAUCAUGCCUUAAACGCAAUUUCAGCCAAAAACAGAAAGUUAAAACUAACUGAUCAGUGAAAUUUGUCUCGACACUUUCAGCAGAUCGCUAUCUCCUUUACCAAGGAAUACAGGAACAGCCUUCCCGACAUUUCCAAAAGCAUUUUCUAUUUAAUGAAAGGCAUCUUAAUAAAUUAAAUUCUACAAGGGUAGCCUAAUACGCUCUUUGGGUGGUAUCGCGACAUCCUAGAAAGUACGGGCAAAACGUGGUAUGUCUAUUCAAUUUCAAAAUUAUUUCCAUUAGCUGAAAAACACUUUCAGCAUCAGUUACUCCUCUGGUGGAAACUCUGGAAAGGUUUAAUCUGGAACUGAGUGUAGCAUUGAUGUCAGAUAUUCGAUAUCCAUUGAAAUGUGAUGCAAAAGCUGUGUACUGAGACUACUGUGAUGGCCAACCCAGCUUCGAAUGGAACUGGUUGUACCAAGCCUCACUCACCCUGUGUUAUGAUGAUUUGCAGGAAAGACAAUUCUACAGAUACAUGAGCCAAUGAAAUCUCUAGCAGUUACCAGUU